AAGAAACUUUAACUUCAUUAUAUUCAGUUUGCAAUCUAACUUUUGAAAUACAAUCAUCAAAUCGAUUCAAUUCUUUUUGUUUCCCUGUUCACAAUUGUGUACCAUUUUUCCUACUUGAUCUGUGUAAACCAUUUCAAUCAUGUCCAAAGAUUGUUAUAAAAUCCUAGGAAUUUCCAAGGAUGCAAGUGUUGGUGAAAUCAAGAAGGCGUACAGAGAACUGGCUCUCAAAUAUCACCCUGACAAGAACCAAGAUGCUAAUGCAAAAGUCAAAUUCCAACAAGUAUCCUGUGCUUACAAAACUCUGAUGGACGAAAAAUCGCGUGAUAUGCCACAAGCUAUGCAAUCUGAAUUUGAUUUGGAUUCAGACAUCAAGGAUUUCCUCAUAUUGGCUGGAAUCACCCUUGCAGGAGCGUCGGCACUUUAUUAUGUGAUGCGAGGUCAAUCUGAUGGCUAUGAAGAUGAAACCGAAAAGGAUAAGGAUCAUCAAAGUGGCAAAGAAUAAAUAUGAUGUUCCAAAAUAUAAUGUACUGUUGCUCAUAAUUUGAAAUGAACAGGCAACAUUGAAUUGAUGAAUAAAAUUGAUUGAAAAUUA